AUGCAAAAAGAAGAAGAUGGGGAGAACGACUCUGGAGAAGUUGAAUUCGAAUCUCGGGACCUUUCCCUUAGACACGAGGAAAUGUUAGAUGCGUUCAUGGCAUCUCAUGCUGAGGGUUUAAGGAGGGUGAGGCCAGUCGAGUUCCCUAAAUGUGAUAUAGAUGAGGAGCUUGAGGAUGUAGCGUUCACAGCUUACGAGUUGCUAGAGGGCUUGCGACACAUUUGGAAGUGCAAGCCUUCCUUUGAAAAUGCAGACCACAGUGAAAAUGCGUUUGUGAUCCAUGUCCUUGCAAGGAUUUUGGUUCCGAUUUUCGCUUUCGAUGAGGAGGAUAAAAUGCCAGUGAUGCGUGCAUGGGCUGAACAAGUAAGCCAGUCAUCCCUUGAACGUAAAGAGAGGAUGGGUGCAACGACAACUGGCAAUAAACCUGACUUGCGUGUCAGGUUGUUCCUUCUUGAUGAUGUUGAUGUAGAGGAAGUUGAAUCUGAAAAAGAACUCACUGAAGUAGACUUGGAACUUGUCUUCGCGGAGUUCUCGCCAUUUGAUGCGCCGGAGACGAAGCAUAUUAACGAUUGGGCAAGGACGGGCAUUAUAGGCUCUCCAUGGGCGUUUGAUCUUUUUGAUUUGACAAUACCGCUGAGCGUUUCAGAUCGAAAAGCUGUGGAAACCCUGUUGAAAAAUGCACUUACAUUGAGGAGAUACUUUAGAGAUGUAAUAAGUAGGGUGAGGAAGUUGAAGACUGAAAGCAUGUAUCUGCCGCUGGCACCAAUAGACCUCAGACGCCAGAAAACCAAAUGGCUCGAAGUCUAA